AAAGUUCGAAAUAGUAGGUACAGGUUGUAGUCAUUAUAGAAUGAGGAUUUGCGACGAAGUAUAAUCCGGCUAAGUUUGAAAGCGAACAGUUGCUUCGUUGUGAAUUUUGGCUCUCCUUUUUUUUCCAAGAUUAUAGCCGUCAUCUGUCAAUGCACACAGAACACUGUCUUUUAAUAUUUUAUUUGUUUAAAAAUUUCGUUCCCAAAAGACCCAAAAGUAUAUACUUUAUUUUUAUCUAUACACCUUAAACUUUAUUUACUGUUGCUGCUUUUUUUAAGUGAUUAAGCAAUUAGCUUAACCGUAAAACUUUGUAUCCAUGUUUUGAAAAGUUAAUUUAUUUUAUUAUUGAAUAUGAAGCACAAAGUUUUAGAACUUUAUAGUGGGAUUGGGGGAAUGCAUUGUGCUUGGAAAGAUUCAGGACUUCAGGGUGAAAUUAUAGCAGCUGUUGACAUAAAUACAGUUGCAAAUAGUGUUUAUAAGAAAAAUUUUCCAGAAAUAAACCUAAUUGCAAGGAAUAUUCAAUCUAUAACAGUAAAAGAAAUAAAUAAAAUGGAUGUAAAUGUAAUUUUAAUGUCACCACCAUGUCAACCAUUCACUCGCAAUGGCAAAUAUUUGGAUGCAGAAGACAAAAGAGCAGACUCAUUUCUUUAUAUAUUAAGUAUUUUACAAGAGUUAUAUACCAUAGAAUAUAUAUUACUAGAGAAUGUAAAAGGAUUUGAAUGUUCUAAAGUUAGAAAUCUUUUCAUAGAAAAAUUAGUGGAGUGUAACUUUAAAUAUCAAGAAUUCUUGUUAUGUCCUUCAAAGGUAGGAAUACCUAACUCAAGAUUGAGAUACUACUGCUUGGCUAGAAGGAGUUUUUGGGACUUCCCUACAACUGUUGAAAUUAAAUAUGAAUUGUCAGGCGAAGUUAAGGAACCUUUCCCUUUAAGAGAAAUAAUUGACUCAAAUGAAUUGGAAUCAUUUAUUUUGCAAGAUAAGUUUUUAAAAUGGGGUAAAGUACUUGAUAUAUGCAAUAAAGAAUCCAGAAGGUCGUGCUGUUUUACCAAAGCAUAUUCACAUUACAUUGAUGGUACUGGAUCUGUGUUUACUGAAGCAAGUUUAGAUAAAGUAAAAGAAUGUUAUGAAGAGGCAAAUAGAUACCCACCUGGUAGUGCAGAAUUCAUUGAAAACUUAAGGUCUUUAAAACUAAGGCUAUUUACACCAAAGGAAGUUUUAGCUAUAAUGGCUUUUCCCAAUGAUUAUGAGUUUCCAGAUAAUAUUACAAACAAACAAUGUUAUAGAUUGUUAGGUAACAGUGUUAAUGUUAAAGUAAUAAGUGAAUUAUUGAAAAUAUUAUUUUCAUAACAAACAACUAAUUUUAUUCACCCUUCAAAACAGAUUAUAUUGUUAUAUUAAUAUGGAGAGAGUCCAGACAAAUAUUAAAGAUCUCGGAAUAACAUUGGAUAGUAAGUUACAUUUAGACAAACAUACACAAAACAUUGUGAAUAAAGCUUUUAAAAUGUAUGGAUUUAUAAUGCGGACCGGUACUAAUUUCAAUAGAGUUGCUACAUAUCUAAAUUUGUAUAAAUCACUGGUUCGCUCACAACUCAAAUAUGCUGUUUGUAUCUGCAAUCCCCAUUGUAAUAAAUAUGUUAAGAGAAUAGAAACUGUACCGAAUUUUUUUUUACGAACGAUGCACUAUAAAUGUACGGGAAGCUACCUUCCUUAUGACCAGCUUCUUGAAAAAUAUAGUAUACUUGACUUGCAGUCAAGGCGCAAACAACUUGAAGCUAUGCUCUUAUUUGAUCUGUGCCAUAAUAAAUACGACUGUAUUUCUUUAACUCGUAAACUCUGUUACAAAAUACCAGUUAGAAGUCAUGUACGCAAUAAUCAAACACAAACUUUUUGCUACUAUAAAAUGUUGUACAAAUUCUGGCGAGCGCUCACCACUAUGGAGAAUGACACACUCAUAUAAUGCGUGCUUUGGCAAUAUUGAAAUUUUUUCCACUCGUGUGGGCUCUUUCAAAAAGCUGGUCAUGGAUUAUCUUAAGAAGAAUAUUACUAUAUUAGACUAAACCUGUAGAAUAAUAAGAAUAAAACUAAACGAAUAUAUUUUUUAUAUCUACACUUAUAUUCAUACAUGUAACUUUUGUAAUUAAGUAUUAAUUAAUAAUUAUGUGGUUGACAUAGUGGGUAGCAUGUAUGUAGUAUUACUGUAUUAUAUUAUUACUGAUUUUUUUCUAAGCACUGCUUGCUACUGUUUGUUGACCCGAAUAAAUAAAAUAAAAAAUAAAACUGGCCGCUGCCUGUGACAUUGUCCAUGUGGACAUGUAUAUUGCCUAUAUUAUGUUGUCCAAACCUCUUGUUAACCAACCUUGUAAACCAACUAACUUGUUUGUAUGCCAACUUACAUAACUUCAUAAAAUGGAGCCUAAAUGUUGCUCCAAAUUAUGCUGAAGGCAUGAGUGAAAGUUUCAUGAAAGUCUGCCGAGUAGUUCCAGAGAUUAACAUGUCCCAUAAACUUUGUAUUUUUGUGUGCAGCUUAGACUCCCUACCACCACCUACAAUCGGUUUGUAAUAAAAUAUCUGUAAAAUGUACAGAUGUGUUAACUAUACAGUUUUACUAUAAUUUAAUAAGAUAGUAAUAUAAAUAUUGUAAUAAUUAAAUUGAUCCAUUACUAAGAACUUGUCUUGCCCUCCUUUUUGCUCUAUGAUUUAAAACUCUCUUCCUUAACAUAACAGAUAAUGAUGAGACUGAACCAAGCAAAAAUGACCAAAUUGUAAAUUUCCAAAAUGCCUUUUCUUCUAAAUAGGCAACCCUGUCACAGCUGAAAAAUAUGAUUGUCAUUAAAAGCUCUACAUCAAUUAAAACAACUAAAAAUUAUCAUGGGUAGUGUUCUGUGGCUGCUAAUUUUGCAACACACUCUACAAAUGUCUUAUAUUAGUACCUUCUUGUGACAGUUUCCCCAUUUUCACACUUCAAUAUUUCUUUAAAAUUGGUGUGUAUGCAAACACCAAUACUUUUGCUCCUUAUUUCAAAUUCUGUAAGAAAUAAACAAUGAUUUGACAAUUAUAUUUCUAUUGGGAAUUAAGGAUGUGAUAGUUUAGAUUAUUUACUUUAACCUGCAUUAUUUGCAUUACAUACUUUAUAACUAUAGUUCUGUUCAUGCAUCUCGAUGGAGCUUCUAGAAAGUUGGCAAUUAUAUUUCUAUCAAGAAUAAAGAUGUGAUAGUUUAGAUUGAAAUUUUUUCAUUUUUUAUUUUUACUUGCAUUAUUUGUUAUUAUUGGUAUUACAUACUAUAUAACAAAGUUUUGUUCGUGCAUCUCAAUAGAGCUUCUAGAAAGUUAGCUAUUUUUUAACAGUGGAUCACCCUAUCUAUUGCUGCCAGCCUUACACUAACAUUUAGAACAAUGUUGAGCCAUAUAUUACUUACAACUUGAUAAAACUUGAGAAUGAGAUUAUAAGUUUAAAACAUUGUACAACAAAGUACUUCAAUACUUGAAUGACCAAGCUUUGGUGUAUAUAAAUGUUUUGCUGUUGUUUAAAACGGGUUAAAUAUAUGCCCAAAACAUUUUUGAUGGGACCUCAAUAUGUUUUUAGCUCCCAAAAACCAGUCGGUAUUCAAUUUCAUCGCAAUAGUUAUUAUUUUCUGAGAAAUGAUAAUAUAUAACAAGAAUUGCAUCAUAAUUAAAAUCAUUAUAAUUUUAUCAAA